ACCAGAGCUAGGGUCUCUGGUGAGCGAAACCUAGGUAUAAUCAAGUCAUUUCUUGGAUAAUCAUGGUACAUCAUUCUUCUUAGCAUGUUACUACAAUCCUUCCGUACAUUUCUGUUUCCCUAGGCGCGGAGCCCGUCUCCUGAAUAAGACAACGUUGUUCCGACCUGCCCACCGCGCUACUCCUGUUGGAGACAUAACGGCACGACAUAAUCAUUUCACGGCAAGUAAAUUGUGUGGGGUUAACUAAUACUACUAGUUACGCCUACUAUAUCAGUCCAGGGGUCUUUUUAUGACACAAUGAAAUACUGGCCUGCCCCUCACUGAGAUGAGCUUGGUCGUGGUGGUGAUUUCCUUAGAUCUAGCUUCGAAGUUUUUCAGUUUUGUUACUUUAGACUUCUAGUGAGUCUUGUCUUGUUAUCUGAUCUUCUGUACUACCGUUAGGCGUGGGAUCCAAAGUCUGCGAAAUUAGAUCUCUCUGUUUUACUCUAUUGCUUCUAAUCAAGCUACUCAAAUACCGACCUGUCGUAAUCGAACCCCACGUUAUACGACAUGUCUCUUCCUAAUGGUGUGUACCGCGCAGAUCAGGUCGGCUCUUUUUUGCGACCAAAAACGGUCCUCGAAGCACGCGAGCAAGCCGCCGAAGGCAAGCUGAGUCCUGAGCAGCUACGGGAGAUCGAAGACAAGUAUAUCGCCGACGUCGUCAAGAAGCAACUUGAUGCUGGACUACGGUCCAUCACAGAUGGUGAAUUCAGGCGCCAAUGGUUUCACGUUGAUUUUCUCCGGCAUCUAGCUGGAGUAGAGCUUCGUGGUGCUUUGCAGUCCACCAACGUUAGUGUGGGAGGUACCAUGCCUCCGCGAUUAGUCGUUGUAGACAAGCUUGGUCACCCGAAUUCUAUUCAAGUGGACGACUUCAAAUUUCUCGAGUCCCAAAUUGCGGCCGCGGGUGCUAAGGCCACGACAAAGGUCUGCAUCCCUUCGCCGACGAUGGUUCACUUCCGCAAUACUCGUGACACAAUUGAUGAGAAAGCCUACCCUACGUUGGAGCCAUUCUUCGAAGACCUCGCUCGCGUGUAUCAGGAGGAGUUGGACGACCUCUACAAGGCUGGAGCACGUUUUGUUCAGCUCGACGACACUAACUUAGCUUACCUUUGCGAUCCCAAGAUGCGUUCCGAGGCCGAGCAGCGACACGGCGAUGCCAGUGUUCUUGCGCGCCAAUACGCCGCGCUGAUCAACGCGGCCAUCUCAAAGCGCCCGGCUGAUAUGACCAUCGGUAUCCACCUAUGCCGCGGAAAUCACCGUUCGCAAUGGUUUGCCCAAGGCGGAUACGAACCUGUAGCUGAAGUUUUGUUCAAGGACCUCAACGUGGACGCCUAUUUCCUCGAGUACGAUGACGCACGAUCGGGCGACUUCUCUCCACUCCGUCACCUACCUGAAAACAAAGUCGUCGUCCUUGGUGUGAUGACUAGCAAGAAGCCUGAUCUAGAGGACAAGGCAGAUAUCAUCAAGCGGUUGAACGAGGCUGCCUCCUUCUGCCCCAAGGGCCUGAAGCAGCUCUGCCUCAGUCACCAGUGCGGAUUCAGCUCAACAUCCGAGGGCAACGACCUGACUGAGGACGAGCAGUGGGCCAAGGUGAAACUCCAGGCCGAAAUCGCGAGAGAAGUCUGGGGCGAUGAUUUAUCGAUCUAAAUCUCCUGUUUACGCGAACGAUUUAUGGUACGCAUGGAUGAGGAGUUGUGAUAUAUUAAAG